AUUUUUUAUACUGGCAAUCAGAUAUUUAUAAUUUAUUAUUAACUUUGACGUGUGUAAAAAGAUAGAUUUUCGAAUGCUGAAGCUGAAGAAUGGCAUUUAUCCCAACGGACUAUUUUAUCGUCGCGGAACCAUGUUGACAAAGAAGAAUGUGUCCUCUAUCAAAAUCACUAAGAAUGAUAUUGAUAAAGGAAAGAAACAGGUGUGUUUCAAACAUGGGAAAGUUAUGAAGAAACAUGUCCAACCACCGAAAGCUUUUAGCCAAAAAUUGAGGAAUCCCAAAUUUCAAACGUUGGUUAAUAACAUUUACAAAAAUUUCAGCAAUGCUAAUAUUUCAAUCAGUAAUUUACAACUCGAUGAAGAUACAUGUAUAGAUGUGGAUGGAACCAACAUAAAAGAUCUUGUCUCUCAAUGUGGACUUGGAGUUGUGUCCAAUCAAAAGGAUAAGUCCUUGGAGAAUACUGAAGAGGCACUUUACGAGAAAGAUGCAGCUGAGAACACGUGGAGGAUCCAUGGUUUAUCACUAGGUGGUGAAUUUACAAGAGGAAAACAACAUCCCUCCUUUCAACAGCAAAGGGUAAAAGAGUUUAAGAUGAAACCAUCCUUGAAGGGAAAAUCGAAGCAAGUUGCUCCAUGGAGAAGUCAAUGAGUAAAGUGAAGAUUGAACCUAAGUUGUUAGUAUUAAUAUUAAUAAAAUUAUUAUAAAAUUAUAAA